ACGGGGCUUCAAUCGACCGAAGAUUGUUUAAUUGCCUUUGAGUAAUUGAAUAUCGGGUGCCGCAAGCGCGUUCGUUCUGGGACUCCGCGUUUUAAUUGUGCGCGUACGGAGAAGAAAGCCGCCGUCGGCGGACAGAUGAGAAAGUGAGCCGAGUACGUUUCGUCCGUCGGGAGAGACAUCAUCAUUCUCCCCGCACAGCAGAUAGGCGCGGCCGUGGCGCCAUGGCCAUCCGCGAUCACAUCCGUCGACGAUAUGGCACACAAAGGCCAUAGCGGUGUGAACCAGCUAGGGGGGGUGUUCGUCAGCGGACGUCCAUUGCCCGAUUCAACGCGUCAGAAGAUCGUCGAACUGGCCCAUUCUGGAGCAAGGCCUUGCGACAUCUCCCGGAUACUCCAAGUCUCCAACGGAUGCGUCUCCAAAAUUCUCGGCAGGUACUACGAGACGGGGUCCAUCAGGCCCCGGGCCAUCGGUGGUUCAAAACCACGAGUAGCCACGGCGGAGGUAGUGUCCAAAAUUUCAUCGUACAAAAGGGAAUGCCCAUCGAUAUUCGCGUGGGAGAUUCGGGAUCGACUUCUGCAGGAGGGAGUCUGCACCAACGACAACAUACCGAGCGUGUCAUCAAUCAACAGGGUGCUGCGAAAUCUGGCGGCCCAAAAAGAGCAAGCAACGCAGAGUCCUCCUUCCUCGACGGGAAAUGACAGCGUCUACGAUAAGCUGAGGCUUCUCAACGGCAACCAAAGCGGCUGGAGGCCGAGCCCUUGGUACUCGCCAGGCAACUCUUUUCCGCUGCAGCCCUUAAGUCCGCCCCCAACCGUACUUUCCGACGAUAUGAGCAGCAAAAAAGUUAUAGAUCUAGACGGGCUCAAUUCGGACGAAACCAAUUCGGGCGACAACUCAAACGCAGGAUCGAGCAUAGGACCUGACGAUGACCAGGCACGACUGCGUCUGAAACGUAAGCUGCAAAGGAAUCGGACUUCGUUCACGAACGAUCAAAUCGACAGUCUUGAAAAAGAAUUUGAGCGAACACAUUAUCCGGACGUGUUCGCGCGCGAGAGGUUAGCGGCGAAGAUAGGAUUGCCGGAAGCGCGGAUCCAAGUAUGGUUCUCCAACCGGAGGGCCAAAUGGAGACGCGAAGAAAAACUGAGGAACCAAAGAAGGGGUACCGGGAGUGUCGAUCAACCCGGACCGCCAUCAUCUCCACCCAGAUUGCAGUCGUUCGGUAACCCAAGCGCAUCGAUGUAUUCCCCUAUUGCGCCGCCUAUGUCUAUAGCCGACAGCUACAGCUCGAUGUCUCCCAUGAGCAAUUUCAGUCACACGGGGUUGGCGACCACGAUGGGACCGUCGCCGGGUGCGUGUUUGCAACAACGCGAGAGCCCCACCAUGGGCGGAGCCAUGGGGGGCUACUGCAUGGGUAGACCUACAGGGUACGAUAUAGGGAUCGGGUACGGGUCGAGGCCGUCACCCUGUAGUCCGGCGCAACCUUAUCAGAUGAACGGGCAUCAGUACAAUACGAAUGGUACCUCUACAGGAUUAAUUUCUCCUGGUGUAUCGGUACCGAUCGCGGUUCCGGGUCAAACGGAUAUGGCGUCCCAGUACUGGCCGCGUAUUCAGUGACCUUGGUGGAACUAAUCAGUCGACUAUCAUCGGGCCGUCGAUAUUUCAAAAGUGUCCCUCACCCACUCGUCGACCGGUCGUUAAUUUGCAUUUAUUUUUACCUUUGUAACUAUGUAAAGAGCUUAUCCAAAACAAAGAUAUUAUUGUACAAAAGGUUUUUUCAAAAGACGCUGACGAUUUUUGGACGAAACGGGCGACUGUGCAAAUCCGACAGAAAUAAAAUGUUUGCAAAGUCUGUCAAAUACUAGUAUAUCGUUUCGAAUUGAAAGUGAUCAUCCAUGUAUAAGUUUCGUCGUUAAAGAUUUAAUUCCAAAGAAAACGUAUACAGGGCGUCGUCAUUUGUUACAAACCAGUAAAAUGUUUUACUUUUUAAGAUAAAGUAUAGAUUUUUUUUGUUUUCAAAGGCAGUCGAAAAGCGCAUCCAACUUAUUUUUAUAACCACGAUUUUUAACAGAACCAAUUGGGGUUUUCUUUAUUUAACGGAAUGUGUUCCUAUUUUUACACGACCUCCAAAGCAAAAAUCAAUCAAUAAGUAAAUUUUAAACCCACGAUCUAAAUAAUCAAAUUUACCAAAGCUUUCUGUUAUAUUAAAAAUCGAAGAUAUUAGAAAAUCGCAGUAGGCAGCGAAUUCGCAUUUUUCGUCGCUCUUUUGAAACAAAAAUAUCAGCCAUCUUUAAAAACAAAAAUUUUACAAAUUUGUAGGCAAAUAAAUAUAGCCACCCUGUAUAUUCACGGGAGGAUAUUGCAAUAAAAAGUUUGUGCCCGCCCCCCCCUCAACAUGCUCCCAAUUGAUUAUUAUUGUUAGCGUAACAUAAGAACGUGUAUAUUUUUUAAAUCAUCCGACAUUAUCUGCGAGUAUUUUCGAUCCGCCAUUUUUCCGUUUUGUAAAUGUGAUCUCCCUCGUCUUACUGAA